UUUCUUUUUUGCUUCUUAUACAGGUAUGGUUAUUUAAUAUGCGAAAUAAUUAGUAGAAUCUUGUAUAAAAACUCUGAGCUUGUUACCUCACUGUCUUACAAUUUUUUUCUUUCGUUUUGUUUGCAAAUCUGGAAGUUUGUACACAAUAUAUUUGACAAACUUUAAAAAAGAGAACUGGAAAAUCUAAAAAAUAAGUUAUUUUCACAAUAUGAUGCCCGCUCCAAUGAUGCAUAUUGCAGCUCAACAACAAGUACCUAAUCAAUCACAACAACAACCUCCACAAGCUCAGCAGCAGCAACCUUCACAGGCUCAACAGGCCUCACAGACUCAUUCACAGCAAAAUCAACAAUUUCUUUCUGCACAUUCAGACCAAAAUCAAAGAAAUGGUUUGAAACAACGAGAACAGUCAUUAUUUAAUUCUUAUGUAUACGAUUUCCUAAAACGUAGUGGAGCAACAGAAACAGCACGAACUUAUCUACGAGAGGGGGAUAUAAAGCUCAAAAAUGAUGGUGCAAAUUCAAUAAACGGCAACGGUACAACUUCAGAUAACGAUGCACAAUUGCCUGACGCCGAAGUUCCAGUGCAAGCCCCUGAAGGAUUUUUAUAUGAGUGGUGGACAGUAUUUUGGGAUAUAUACAGCGCUAAAUUAAAUCGACCAGGAACCAUGGAAGCACAACGAUACGUAGCAGCAGAGGUAAUAAAUUCACAAUAAAUGAGAAGAGGAGGGGGUAAUCGUAUGCUAACUCAAAUACCGACAAUGUAUCAACAACAUCCACAGGUUGUAGCUCAGGCUGCUGUGCAACAGCAACAAUUACAGCAGCGGCUAAUGCAACAACAGCAUCCUCAACAUCAACAGCAACAAGCUCAACAAGCUUCGCAACAAGCUUCCCAACAACAACAACAGCAGCAGCAGCAGCAACAGCAACAACAGCAGCAGCAGCAACAACAACAGCAACAACAACAAC